AUGUCUGACAACAACAACUCUGCCCAGCAGCCCAAGCAGGGCGGUGGCCUCUUGGCACUCUCGGUAACGCUGCUGGCGGUCUCGCUUCUGGCGUUGGAGACUGAUCCAUCAUCGUUAGGCACCGUCAAUACCGUCGGAGGUGUCGUUGGCAACGUCGGACGCGGUGUCGGAAAAACCCUUUCUGAUGCCUCUUCCGGACUCGAGAACACGGCCAAGGGUGCCGGUGGUAGCAUCAAUGAUGUUACUGGAGCUAAGAGCCAGCCUCAGAAGAAGUAA